GACACAAUUAACCGGAUUAUAUUCAUUACAAGUCCACUUCACAGUAGGGGCGUAGCGCAGUUAGCAACUGCGAAACGAUUCUGCACUCAUCAUCGCUAUGAACUGACAGCUGUUGACACACAAAUCCUUACUAAAACAAAACCAGAGCUCCUCCCAUUUACACACAAUCAAAAUCCUCAAUCACCAUGGGCGAAGCUCACCAAGACAUCAAUGGUCUGAAACCAGAAUCAGCACCAGCAGUUGAGACCUCACCAGAAGAAAUCACCACGAAACCUCUAACAAAAAGGUACAAAUGGUGGCUGAAAAUGCUCGUCUACUCCUUCUUCGUCCUCGCCGGCCAGUCCGUGGGAACCAUCCUCGGCCGUGUCUACUACGACAACGGCGGCAAGAGCAACUGGAUGGCCACACUCGUCCAAGUCAUCGGCUUCCCCGUCCUCAUCCCCUUCCAAUUCUUCACCACCACCAAUAACAACAACUUUCACGAUAACGACACGAACCUGAUCAUCAACACGCGCCGCCAGAAGCUCCACCUGGCGGCGUUCUACGUGGCCAUCGGCAUCUUCCUGGCAGUCGACUGCAUGCUCUACUCCAUCGGGCUGCAGUACCUCCCCGUGACCACCUACACCCUCCUCUGCGCCAGCCAGCUCGGCUUCAACGCCGUCUUCUCCCUCUUCCUCAACCGCCAGCGCUUCACCCCUUUCAUCAUCAACUCCCUCUUCCUCCUCACCGUCUCCUCCGCCCUCCUCGUCUUCGAACCCGACACUGCCACAGGCGGUCCCACCAAAAUCUCCAAGCGGAAAUACGCAAUCGGAUUCAUAUGCACCCUCGCGGCCUCCGCCGGCUACGCGAUCAUGCUGUCGCUCACGCAGCUGGCGUUUCAGCAUCUGAUCAAGAGGGAAACCACACGCGCGAUCGUCGACAUGACCGUCUACCAGAACCUGGUGGCCACCGUCGCGAUCGUCGCCGGGCUGUUCGCGGCCGGAGACUGGCGGCGCCUGGGGGCGGAGAUGGAGGGGUUCAAGACGGGGAGGGUUUCGUAUGUGAUGAAUCUGUUUUGGACGGCGGUGUCGUGGCAGGUGUUCGGGGUGGGGUGUAUUGGGCUGAUCUUUAAGGUUUCGUCGUUGUUUUCGAAUGUGAUCAGCAUUUUGGGGCUGCCGGCGGCGCCGGUGCUGGCGGUGAUCUUUAUCGGGGACAGGCUGACCGGGCUGAAGGCAGUGUCGAUGCUGCUGGCGGUGUGGGGGUUCGUGUCCUACAUCUACCAGCAUUAUCUUGAUGAUCGGAAGAGGAAGGAAUUGGAGAGAUCAGGAAGCGAUGGUGGUGUGGAGCUUCCUCUUGUUGAUGAAAGAGCAUCUCCGGUUACAUCUUAGACUUUAAUUUUCAUUUUUGUGAAUUCUUGAUUAUCGAUUAAACUGUGGUUUAUCGUUUGCUUCGUGACUGUGAUGACACGAACUUCCGACCUAUUAGUUGAAAGGAACACAUUGCAAAGUGCAAA